AUGAUGAACGCCGUCUUCGGCGUCGUCCUGCUCCUCGUGCUCGUCGGCGGCGGCCUCACGCCGUUCCCGGCGAGAGCCGACGUAUUCUGCGACAACCUUAUACAGGUCGCCGCCACCCUCCCCAAGGACACGUCUUCUUCCCCAGCGCACUUCGCCGCCACCACCUUGGGCUACCCGCCAGACGUUGUCUACGCCCUUGCGCUCUGCCGCGGCGACGUAAUCAACGACUCCGCCUGCGGCGAGUGCGUGGCCAGCGCGCUCGACGAGCUACUGAACGGGAUACCGCCGCCGCAGCAGCAGCAGUGCUACAAGGCCUCCUAUGAGUAUCAUGAGAUCUGUGCUCUCGUCUACUCUGAGGACGACAUCCUCACGUCCUCCAACUCCAAUACGACGGAAGGAAACGGCGCCGGCGACGGCACGCCCUACACGAAGUGGGACGAGCAAAGCUGGGGCACCUGGGUUGACGACGCCAUGGUCAUCGUCGGUCUCCUUCAGGAACUGCUGAUGGCGACAGCACAAGCGGCGGCCAGCACGACGGCGCCGAGGCGGUUCGCCACGGGCGCCAUGGACAGCGGCACGACGUUGCCGUGGUUCUACUCCCUGGCGCAGUGCACGCCGGACAUGUCCGCCGGCAACUGCUUGGCGUGUCUGAGUCGCCUCGUCGGCAUGGUCAACUCCACCAUAGCCCUGCGGAUCGGAGGACAGAUCCAUGCCAUACGGUGUCAUCUGAGGUACGCGGCAAACAGGUUCUACAACACCACACCCAUGCUGAUUGUCCGGCCGCCGUCGACGCCCGCUCCGACGCCUACCACCACGGUGAAACACAAGAAGCAUAUGAGCAAAUUCUGGGCGAUUCCCAUAGUUGUAAUUCCUCUAGCGGCAGCAGCGGCAGCGUAUCUCUCCUUCAUCUUCUGCUGCUCUUGGCUCAGACAAACGUACAGAAAAGGAUCAAGGCAUACUGGGGACUUUCAGCGAGACGAAGAACUAGUUUGGCAAGGGAAGAACUCAGAGUUCUCGGUGUUUGACUUUGAACAGUUGCUGGAGGCCACAAAUCACUUUUCAGAAGAAAACAAACUUGGACAAGGUGGCUUUGGAUCUGUCUAUAAGGGCCAGUUUUCUGAGGGAUUGGAGAUAGCGGUGAAGAGACUUUCUUCACAUUCAGGGCAAGGUUUCUUAGAGUUCAAAAAUGAAGUCCAGCUGAUAGCCAAAUUCCAACACAGUAAUUUGGUUAGGCUCUUGGGAUGUUGCUCUCAAGAAGAGGAGAAAAUAUUGGUUUAUGAAUACUUGCCAAACAAAAGCUUGGAUUUCUUCAUCUUCGAUGAAACUAGAAGACCUUUACUGGAUUGGAACAAACGUAUAGCAAUAAUUGAAGGAAUAGCACAUGGGCUUCUCUACCUACAUAAGCACUCCCGGUUGCGUGUCAUACAUCGAGAUCUUAAACCAAGCAAUAUUCUUUUGGACAGAGAAAUGAAUCCUAAAAUUUCAGACUUCGGGCUAGCUAAAAUAUUUACUUCAAAUAACACUGAAGGAAGCACGACGAGAAGAGUGGUUGGUACAUAUGGCUACAUGGCUCCCGAGUACGCGUGCGAGGGCCUAUUCUCAAUCAAAUCCGAUGUAUUCAGCUUCGGUGUUCUCGUUCUUGAGAUCCUUGGUGGAAAAAGGAAUUCUGGUAGCUCUGAAUGUGGAAAUUUCAUCAAUCUCCUUGGAUAUGCAUGGCAGUUAUAUAAAGAGGGAAGAUGGAGCGAACUCAUUGACGCGUCGUUGGUACCCAUUCGUGACUCAGCGGAAGUGAUGAGGUGCAUGAACAUUGCAUUGCUAUGUGUACAAGAGAAAGCAGCUGAUCGACCGACCAUGUUAGAUGUUGUUGCAAUGCUAAGCAGCAAAACCAUGGUCCUGGUUGAUCCAAAGCACCCAGGAUAUUUCAAUCUAAGGGUAGGAAACGAAGAGGCAUUCUCUGCUACUCGGCAAAGCAGUAUUAAUGAUAUGACCAUAUCUGUCACAACUGGUAGAUAGGUUUUUCUUUGUGUCCUGCUUUGUUUCUACAACGUAUACAACUAGGUGAACUCCCAAUGCGUUGCGGUUGCGGGAACUGCAAGGUGUAAAGUCUGUACAUGAUUGAGCUGAGCUUCUGAAGUUCUAAUGGUGAAGGAUAAAGCUUAUGAAAGAUUUUCAGAACCAUCGAUCUUUCUUCCUAAUAUAAAUACACACAACUCUUCUGUGUAUUCUUAA